GUGAUGCCCUGCGGCGCGCCGGACGCCGGGCGGCCUGGGCUAUGCUGCACGCGCUGAGAGCCCUGGGCCGGGGUUCCCUAUGCGGGCCCCCGGCCCAGUUGCUGCUGCCCGUGCGCGGCCGCAAGACCCGCCAAGACCCUCCGGCCAAGUCCAAGGUCGGGCGCGUGGCGACCCCGCCCGCGGUGGAUCCUGUAGAAUUCUUCUUGCUGACGGAGCGUUACCGGCAGUACCGCCAGACGGUGCGCGCCCUCAGGCUGGAGUUCGUGUCCGAGGUGCGGAAGAAGGUGCACGAGGCCCGGGCCGGGGUCCUGGCAGAGCGCAAGGCAGUGCAAGAUGCCACCGAGCACCGCGACCUGAUGGCCUGGAACCAGGGGGAGAACCAGCGGCUGCACGAGCUGCGGUUAGCCAGGCUGCGGCAGGAGGCGCGGGAGCUGGAGCAGCGGCAGGCGGAGGAGAAAGCCCAGCGGGCCCGAGAGGCGGAGGCCUGGGCGCAGCUCAAGGAGCAGGAAGUGCUGCAGCUGCAGGAGGAAGCAAAAAAUUUCAUCACCCGAGAGAACCUGGAGGCACGGGUGGAAGAAGCCUUGGACUCGCCAAAGAGCUACAACUGGGCUGUCACCAGAGAGGGGCUGGUGGUCAAGCCACAGCACAAGGGCUCUUAAGGGCUCAGUAAGGACAGUGCCCACCCAGGGACGUGUGUGUAUGGGGGUAGGAGGGUUGGGCCUGAUCUGCAAUAAAUCUGUUGAUGUUUCAUAUGAAGAAGGAGGCUCAACCUGUUCCAGUGUAGCCCUCAGAUUCUGGCCUCUGCACCCACCACUUGGUCAGAAAUUCCCAUACACAGUGACCUCUUCUGCACCCAUGUACAACUCAGCAAAGCACCAGACCUCAGAGGUUCCCAUCUCACAGAGGAGCAGAAUGGACCACCGUCACCUCAGGCAACUGGCUUAUCUACUAAGUGUCAUCGAGGACAAGGACAGUGGUUGGCAAAUUACAGUCCUUGGGCCCAGUCUGGCCCGCUGCCUAUUUUUGUAAAUAAAUUUUAUUGGAACACAGCUACA